AUGACUGUUGCAAGUGAAACAGUAGUGUUCCACAAUGAUGUUCUGGAAGGAUUUUCGGAAUUUUCACAGCAAAUAGAUAACGAAUUAGUCGAUGCAGAAGAUGAAAUAAUGUCGGUUGCAACAAAUAUUUCGGAAGAACAACAGUUAAUGCUGUUCGAUGUUGAAGAUGACAUUUUUACUGAAGAAGUUGUUAUUGGUGAAGAAGCCUUUGCUGAUGAAGUAAUAUCGAAACCGAAGAAGUUGCCUAAAGAAUUGAAACAACAGGUGAACGUUGUUUCUGCAAUAAUGAACGACUUGAAUGUGGUGAUAUCAUCCCUCAAUAAUGCUUCACAGGGAGCUGGUUACAUUAGAAAGAUUAUGGUUCAGCAGUCUUUGAAUAGGGAACUGGGUGACAUUUAUACUGCAAUAAAUAAUCAAGGAUGCGAUCUCAAUAGAAAUAUUGAGAUGAAUAACGGUAAUGAUAAAACUACCGUUAAUUUUCAAUUUAGCUCAUCUGAUAGACAACCUCUGUCGAUAAAAAUGCAGAUUGAGGGAUUUCGAGCAACACUUGAUGAUAUUAUUUUAGUGCAUCUUUCUGCUUUCAUAUGUGAUAAUCAAAAAACUAGUGUUCCAUUGAAUUUGAAAAUUAAUUUGAUGGAUACACAGAUUACUAUUGGAGACCCAAGGGCAAAACCACUCCGAAUUAAAUUGAACGAUUGCGUCAUUGAACAAACAGAGGAAGAUGAUACAGUCCUAUAG